GGGCUGGCCGGUCCCGUGACCGCGGGAGCUGAGGGAGCGAUGGGGCUGCUCCGGGCUGUGACCGCGCUCUCCGUGCUGCUGCUGGCGGCAGGUGUAGUUCUGAGGCAGCCCCGAGAGCCCAAAGAGGUGUGGGGAUAUGUGGAGGUCCGGAGCAAGGCCCACAUGUUCUGGUGGCUCUACUAUGCAAACAACCCAACCAAAGACUUCACAGAGUUACCUCUUGUCUUGUGGCUUCAGGGAGGUCCGGGAUCUUCAGGCUGUGGGUAUGGGAACUUUGAAGAGAUUGGUCCAUUAGACAAAGAACUGAAACCAAGAAAUACAACCUGGUUGCAGGCAGCCAGUGUCUUGUUUGUGGAUAAUCCUGUGGGCACUGGAUUCAGUUAUGUGGAUGACUGUAGCUUGUUUGCCCAAAACCUUACCACAGUAGUUUCUGAUAUGAUGGUUUUUCUUGGAGAAUUCUUCAAGUGUAGACCUGAAUUCCAGACCAUCCCAUUCUACAUAUUUUCUGAAUCUUAUGGAGGUAAAAUGGCUGCUGGGGUUGCUUUAGAGCUGCACAAGGCUGUUCAAAAAGGGACCAUAAAGUGCAAUUUUAUGGGGACUGCUCUUGGAGACUCAUGGAUUUCUCCUUUGGACUCUGUGCUGUCCUGGGGGCCUUACCUUUACAGCACUUCUCUCCUGGAUGAUAAUGGCCUGGCAGAGGUGACUGCUGUUGCCAAAGAAAUAAUGGAUGCAAUAAAUAAAAAUCAGUAUGGGCUGGCUACUGAGCUCUGGGGCAAGGCUGAGGGUGUCAUUGAAGAGAACACAGACAAUGUGAACUUUUAUAACAUCUUGACAAAGGAGGUUCCAGAAGUGAAAUCAGAUGAACAACAAGAAAAUCUCCAUCUCAUGCGGCUUUACCAGCGCCAUGUCAGGAAAAUGCACCAGAGCAGCCUGGAUGAGCUGAUGAAUGGGCCCAUCAGAAAGAAGCUGAUGAUCAUUCCUGACUGUGUGAAGUGGGGAGGUCAGUCCAAACAGGUCUUUGACAACAUGGCUGAGGACUUCAUGAGACCUGUCAUCGAUAUUGUUGAUCAGCUUUUGGCAGCCAAUGUCAAUGUUACAGUCUAUAAUGGGCAGCUGGACCUCAUUGUUGACACCAUGGGCCAGGAGGCAUGGAUCCGGAAACUAAAGUGGCCUGACUUGGAGCAGUUCAGCCAGAAAAGGUGGAAGGCACUGUACGUGUCUCCAGAAUCCACUGAGACUGCUGCUUUCCACAAGGCCUAUAAGAACUUUGCUUUCUUCUGGAUUCUCAAGGCUGGGCACAUGGUACCAGCUGACCAAGGAGAGAUGGCACUCAAAAUGCUCAGGAUGGUGACUCAGCAGCAGCACUAAGGAGAGGAGCUCAUCUGGUCUGGCUUCCUGUCCAGCAGCAGGGCUCUGCAGGAGUGUGAAUCUGGAUCCUAAGCCAAAGGAGGCACAGUGGCUGUUUGGGCACACAGCCUCCCUCAUCUUGCUGAUACUGUGCACAAGUGCUUGUGGAAAGGUGUUUUUUUCCAUGAAUGAGUUAUUGCUUUUGAAUUUUUAAGCUGUGAUUUGCUGCCUUAACAUUGUCCAUAAAUGACUCUUCCAGAAGGAAGUCCCCUGCCAUAAAGAACAAGCCCUGAACCUUUGCCUGGGAAGGAUUUUGUGCUCUUGCCCUUCCCUGAAUGCUCCCUUGUCUGUUUGCACACCAAGAGUAAAACUGAUUUGACUUGAUUUGCUUUGUGUUCCUGUGGGAGAGCUGACCUGAGGCUGUGGAAUGUUCCUUCCUAUGUCCUCAGGCUUGAGUCACCUGGCUGGAUUCAAGAUGAAGCCAUGGAAAUGCCAGGACAGAGGACCUGCCCUAGAGGAAUCACAGUCCAUCUCAUCUUGCUGAGAUGCCUGAAUUAGGAUCCAGGAUUCUUCAGUUUUUCUGUGCUCUGGAGAGAGAAAAACAUCCCACAGAGGAGGAUUUGUCCCUUUUCAUCUGACCAUGUGUUUCUUGUUUCCAUUCUUCUUUAUACCCACUGCUCAAACUUUGCCUUUAUCCUCAACACCUGAAGCACAUCCAGCAGGAAUUCCUGCUUUUCUGUAUCCUGGAGCAGAAGGCCUUUAAUACCCUCUUGUACCAAAGAGUCCCAACAGACAGAAGCUUCUUAAAACCUUCUGGGUUUAGCCAGAAGGAAAGGAGCAUUAUUUGAGCAAUAACAGCAUAGUUCUGAAAUAUUAUAGGAGUGUUUAAAGAAGGAUAUACAAAAUCUUGAUCCAUGUCUUUUGGAUAUUUUUUUUAAGUCUUGCAGAGACCUAUUAUUUCAAAACUUUUUUUUUAAUAUAAUACAUAAUCAAGAAGAGACUGGUCAGACAUUUGGCUUUUGCUAUGGAGCAUGAAGUAGUUGUUUUUUAUUGGUGUCUGAUAGGAGGCACAACUGUCAGCAACUCACUCCAGCCACUGAAACUGUCAUGAAAUACCUGAUAGCAUUGUCUUAGCAAGAACUGAGGCACUGUCCUGGUUUAGGGCAAAUUUGUGAGGAAACUCCAAAAGGGGUCCCUCUAGAAAGCAGAUUCAAGCCCUUCCCUCUGCUGGUUUGGGAAAAGAUUUCCUUGGAGAAGAGUGGGGAAAAACUUUAUUUAACAAGCAAAAUAUUCACAAGCAUCAAAAAAUGAGUAAUAUUAAACAAUAAAACCUCUCUCUGUUCUGAAGGGAUGGCAAAUUCA